CCCAUCUAUGUAUAGACUUCACUAAUGGCAACUGACACCCUACUUCUGCGACCUAUGCAAUGAUGGGUAUGGAUACAGUGCCUUCAUCCUCGCCUGGGUUUGGCACCCCGGCGCAUCCACUUCGACAUAAUAAGCCCAAUAUACUUUCAACAAAGACGUCCAUCCUUCCGAUUCUUCUCCCUCCUUCCACUUUGAGGCCUGUGGCCUUCCGAACAAUUACUCGGAAGCACAACCUGACGAUAUCCUCAUCUGCGCUCCAAACUUUGGCAAGCUUUGUAGGAAAGAAUUGUGGGUCAGGAUGGCGCGAAGAAGGCCUCGCAGAACGGGUCUUGGACGAGGUGGCUAAGAGCUGGAAGAAAGCUGGAGGCGGCGUCAUUAUUGAAGAAGGUAAAGGCGCGUCCUUGAAAGCCAUUCUACAGGCAUUGCAGUCGAACAUGAGUGGUGGGAGAGUUCUCCCUGGGAAAAUAGCAGCUUCUACCGACGAAGGAUCUGAGAGCUCCAUUGGUCACGCUCGGGAUAAUCGCCACUUCGAAUUGCAAACGCCUACAGCAGCCGGUGGUGAUAUCGAUGACAAUGAACUUCCAUUGUGCCCAAGACACUGGCUCAAAAUUAUACAUGCAUACGACAUGCCACGCCUGACUUACAACAUCGACAAGAAGUACUUCGAGUCCACCACAUUCAAGCCAACUUUAUUCCCGCCUCCUAGUCAUAGGACGGCUCUGUUCCGCGAUCGCUAUAAUGUUGUGUACCAGCGGUUACUACGAAACGAAUCCUUCCAGUCGUCUCCAGGGAUAUCCACUGGUUCGUCUCUGCAGCAACGGUCAUCUUUUGCUCCGAAUCAGUGUUACAAACUCACUCCGAUUGCAAAUCUUCUUGGAAGAAGCGGUACAUCACACCUUCUGCUUGGACUGCUUUCCACCUCCCCUACAGGCGACCUCUCCCUAGCCGAUCUCACGGGGAGCAUUGCUUUGGAUCUGAGUCAUGCGCGGACGAUACCUGAAGACGGGGCUUGGUUCGCACCAGGCAUGAUUGUUCUCGUCGACGGAAUCUACGAAGAAGAGGAGAAUGUUCGAGGAUCAACACUUGGUGGAAAUAGUGGAAUCGGUGGGUCUAUAGGGGGUAGGUUUGUUGGUGUCUCUAUCUGUGGGCCCCCGUGCGAACGACGGGACACUUCACUGGGGACGAAUAAUCGACAGAACAGUAAAGAGAUCAGCUCUAGCGGGGGCCUUGGGUGGAUUGACUUCCUGGGAGUUGGCAGUGAACGCGCUCGUGGUCCCCGAAUGAGGCAGAUCCAGACUCGGUGUCUACAAAAGAAACAAGACGAUAGCCAAGAGACAGCAUCUUCCGUCAAGAUGGCAAUAAUGAGCGAGGUGAACUUGGACAACAUGAAAACCCUGGAUGCUCUGCGCAAGGUAUUCAGCAUCUACAAUGAUCAGGCACCGGGUGGUCGCCCAGUACUCUUUGUCCUGAUCGGUAACUUCGCUCAGACAGCCAUAGUAAAUGGCGGCGGUCAGGCUGGGAGUAUCGAAUAUAAGGAGUACUUUGAUGCACUUGCCGUGGUCAUGUCCGAUUUCCCAGCAUUGCUGCAGUGCUCUACAUUCAUCUUUGUCCCCGGUGAUAACGAUCCCUGGUCGUCGGCCUUCUCAGCUGGCUCCACAUCUACAAUCCCGCGCCCGCCGAUUCCUGAUCUGUUUACGUCGCGGAUCAAACGUGCGUUCGCUACGGCCAAUGCCGAGCUAGAUCGAUCUCAACGGUCGGAGCCACCCGGCGAAGCAUUAUGGACAUCCAACCCGUCUCGCAUCUCAUUGUUUGGGCCGGUCCAUGAGAUCGCCGUAUUUCGUGAUGAUAUCUCAGGAAGGCUCAGGCGUACCGCUGUGAGCACGCAGCAACGCGCUGAUAGCUCCAGUACAGCCAUGGACGAAGACCAGAACGAAUCCACUAACGGGGCCGACGCUGACUUUCCCGGAGUAAACUCGGGUGCUAACCCGAAUUCCACCUCGUCCAGAGUCUCGAUGAGCAGGAAACUUGUCAAAACGAUACUGGACCAAGGAUCAAUGGCGCCUUUCCCGCUUUCUUUGCGGCCUGUCUUGUGGAAUUAUGCGUCCUCGCUACAACUAUAUCCAUUGCCGACUGCCCUCGUCUUAGCGGACGCGGAGGCAGCUCCUUUCUGCAUGAGCUACGAAGGUUGUCACGUUAUGAAUCCUGGAAAACUAGUUCCUGACGGUGGCGUGUCUGCUGUCCGCUGGAUAGAGUAUGAUGCCGUGAAAAACCGAGGAAGGGUGAAAGAAGAGCGUUAUUAAAGCACAUAUAGAGCCAACGGGAUUACGAUAAUGAUG